CACCUGCAGAGCUACCGAUGCCGGGAGUUGAUCCAAGGGGAUGGUAUCUGCUCCGGGUCCCUGGGACAGCGGCUGCUACUCCUGGCCAUAAAAUCCCACCCAGCUGCCACUGCCAGACGGGCCACCGCCCGCCGCACAUGGGCCCAGCCCAGGCUGCUCAGGGACUACAGGGUGCAACAUGUCUUCCUCAUAGGAGUGUCCCCCAAUCCCCGGCACAUGGCCCUGCUGGGGCAGGAGAGUGAGGAGUUUGGGGACGUGGUGCUGUGGGAUUUCACUGAGAGCCACCACAACCUGUCGCUCAAGGAGCGCUGCUUCCUGCACUGGAUGGGCGAGCACUGCGGGCAGGCCGACUUCAUCUUCAAAGGAGAUGAUGAUGAGUUUGUGAACCCGCCUGUCCUGGUGACCUACCUGCACCAGACAUCCAACGCCUCCCCCCUCAUCCAUGGUAACAUUCAGCGUCAUUCAGUCGUGAUGAGGGGGGGGAAAUAUGGCAUCUCCUCUGUGCUGUUCCCCCAGAAAAAAUACCCCCACUUUCCCUCUGGGGGCGGAUUCCUCAUGCCCAGGGGCAGCAUCCCAGCCCUGGCAACGGCCUCUGAGCGCAUCCCCGUCUUCCCGCUGGACGACGUCUACUUUGGUUUCCUGGCGCUGGCCGCUGGGCUGCAGUUCCAGCACGACGAGCGCUUCCAAGUCUUCGGCAUGAAGGUUGAGCUGUGUCUGUACAGGGAAGCCAUGGUGGUGCAUGGCAUGUCACUGGACCGGGUGGAGGUGGUGUGGAGGGGGCUAUAUGUGGAGCAUCGGUGCAACAUGUCGUGGCCUGUCCUCUCUUAGUGAGUGUUGGCUCCCACCCAGCCCGUGAGCAGACCAGGGGACCGUUCCUCCCUCCUCAAGGAGGCCUCACCUCCCAUAUACUCACAGGGCGGGGAUGGCCUGGCUUGGGGGAAUGGGGCACAGGGACAUUGUUCAAACUGAAUUAAAUUUGAUUUUUUCUUGACUCCUCCUGACUGGUUACAGCUAGGAUUCUGAGUUUAGGGAGGCAUAGGGUUUU